CCACGUUUGAAGCAUUGGGAGCAUAUAUAUGGCGGGCCAAGGUGAAUGCCUCAGAAAUUGGAGGGCGUGAGAGAGUGAAAUUCGUGUAUUCAACCAACAUCCGCAAAACCCUAAAGCCGCCAUUGCCGGUGGGUUACUGGGGCAAUGGUUGCGUCCCGAUAUACAUUGAACUCACAGCCGAGGAGCUCAGAGAGCAACCCGUUUGGGAGACGGCGAAGCAGAUCCAGAGGAGCAAAAUGAACAUAACGGAGGAGUAUGUUCGAUCGUUCAUCGACUUUCAAGAGCUUCAUUAUGGAGAUGGAAUAACGGCGGGGAAGGAGGUGAGCGCGUUCACAGACUGGAGACAUUUAGGGCAUUCGACGGUGGAUUUUGGGUGGGGAGGUCCUAUUACGGUGCUGCCACUCUCUCGUUCGCUUCUUGGGAGUGUGGAGCCUUGCUUUUUCUUGCCGCAUUCUUCUGCAAAUUCGAGCGAGGCCGAGGCGCCGGCGGGGUUCAAGGUCUCCAUCGCUUUGAGAAAGACUGCAAUGCCCGCCUUCAGAGAGGAGAUGAAGAAGUUCGUUGACGAUGAUUUUGACGGCCGCUGACAUGACGUGGCUAUACUUGGACUGCACGAUGAUUUCUAAUACUAUUUCUUUUUCACACUAAAUUGGUUGCAGGAGUUGACCUCGGACUUCAAAAGGCUGCGUUAAUGCGGCAUUUCUAAUACCAUUCUUUUUCUUCUCUUUUUUUUAAAAAAAAGAAUUAGGGCAGCCUUUGAUUUUCAAUAUAUUAGUGA